AGAAAGAAGGCUAACAAAAGCAAAGAUGCUCGGGGAAGCAGAUAUAACUCGCCGUCAAGUACUAAAUCGAAAGUAUGAAGCUUUAAAUAAAGUCAUUACAAAGAGGGCCAAAGAAGAUAAAAAGAAUUUCUAUGAUGCGCUAGCCUCUGAAGCGGAAAAAGCUGCUAAUAAUACUGACAUGAAAACACUGUUCGCUGUUACGAGAACUUUAAGCGGACAAAAAAAUAAUGCACGCAAUAUUCCAGUAGAAGACGAAAAUGGUGUUCUUGUAAAUUUAAAACAAGAACAAUUAUUAGUUUGGAAAAAAUAUUUUGAAAGCACGCUUAACUCAGUAUUUGCUACAACCGAGGAUAAUCUCACUUCUCAACGGCGCCAUAACAUCAACAGACAAAUUAAUACCGAACCACCCACAGUAAUGGAAAUAAGUAGUGCCAUUUCAUCUUUGAAGAAAGAUAAUUCGCCUAGCAGUGACGGUUUGGCGGUAGAGUGCUUUCAACUCGAUCCACAACUUAUGGCUACAAAACUUCUAUCUAUUUUCAACAAAUUAUGGCUCACUGAGUCCAUAACGCUAUCAUGGAAAGAAUCAGUAAUUGUUAAAAUUCUCAAAAAAGGAGAUCAAAAGAUAUGCUCAAAUUGGAGGGCAUCUUACUUUUUCCUACCAUAACAAAAAUAUUAAACAAAAUUAUCCUUGACAGAAUCGCGGAGCACCUUGACAAACUCAUAAGGAAAAAUCAAUCAGGUUUUUUGCCCAGCGAGUUCGUGCGUGGAUCUGAUUAAUAAAAUGCGAAUAAUUACAGAACAAUCCACCGAAUUGAACACCACACUUUACCUAGUGUUUGUGAAUUUUUUAAAAUAAUUCGAUUUGCUUGACAGAGAAUAAAUAUGGAUAGCGCUUAAAAUAAUAAAUAUAAUCAAAGCACCUAUGAAGGUACAACUUGCAAAGUCUUACAUGGUGGUGAGCUCAGUGAAGCUUUCGUGUGCCGCACAGGAGUAAACCAAGGUUGCGCCUUGUCUCCGCUUUUAUUUAUAACAGUCUUGGACUUGGUAUUUGAAGGUAUAGAAACACAUACGCUUGGUAUAAACAGGGGGCUUAGAGGUAGACUAGCUAGACUAGACUAGUAGCAGCACCGAUAUUACAGAUAUGGCCAGGUUUGAAUACCUCGGCAGCCUAAUUUCUGGAGAUGGAGGAACAUCGGCAGACGUCGACUGUAAGAUACGCAAGGCGCGCUCCGCGUUCGGCGGACUCAAAUCGAUCUGGAAGUCUACAAUCAUUACGCGACAAACAAAAUUAAAAAUAUCAAAAAGGAUAUCAACAAGCCCAAAUAUGGAUGGAUUGACCAUACGUUCAGGAAGAACUCAAACGAAACACCUCACGCAGCGUUAGAGUGAAACCCACAGGACCGGCGAAGAAGAGGUAGGCCGAAAAAUACUUGGCGCAGAACUGUCACAAGCGAAACAAGGAAAUCUUUUAGCGAACUUAGAGUAAUAGCUCGGCAUAGUAAUAAC